AUGAGCGAUCCAAACGGCCAAUAUCCAGCAACAACUGUCGGUGGAGACGGUGGCAGCAGCGGUAAUAACGGCGGUGGAAAUGGCGGAGGAAGCGGUGGUUCGUUUGCUAGUCAGCCGCAGAGAGCAAAGGUGAGGAAGCAAGUGUGGGCUGGAGUUCUCGGCAUCUCUUCCGUCUCCACCAACAAAUAA